UUCCGCAACAAUUAUCCAAGGAAGCCUUUUGUUCCGCAUAUGUCACGUGGUCCCACAUCACAAGCCACCCCUACCACUCCACAAUCUCGUCCACCUUGCCAAAUCUGUGGUAAAACGAGUCACAUGGCACUGGAUUGUUUCCAUCGCAUGGAUUAUGCCUACCAAGGUCGUCAUCCUCCAGCACAACUAGCUGCAAUGGCUGCCCAUGCUACUACCCAUCCUGAUGAUGACUCUCCAUGGUUUGCUGACAGUGCAGCUAAUCUUCACCUUACGCCGGCGCUUGAGAAGCUUAAACUCACUGAACCCUAUGACGGGUCUGACUCUAUUGCUGUGGGUAACGGCUCAGGACAAAAACACGGGCAUAACCCUGCUGGAAGUUCGGAGUGAAGGUGGCCUCUAUCCCAUCAACACCACUAAGGCGGCUCGUAAUAAAUCUCAGAUUCACAUAGCCAUGCUUGGUGUUAAAGCCUCUGCUAGUGUGUGGCACUUAAGACUUGGUCAUCCCUCUUCUUCAAUCGUUCGUUGCAUUCUUAGUCAACAUCACCUACCAGUUUUUGGAUCUUUACAUAAUAAAGAGUUUUGUGAGCCUUGCCAACUUGGCAAAAGCAAGCAACUUCCUUUUUCUUUAUCUUCAAGGGUCUCAUCUGCACCACUUCAGCUGAUUCACAGUGACGUGUGGAGUUCCCCUAUAGUUUCCUUAGAAGGUUAUAAGUAUUAUGUAAUUUUUAUUGAUGAUUUUUCUAGGUUUUCUUGGUUAUAUCCAUUAUAUUCCAAAGCUGAUGUAUUUAUUUCAUUUAUGAAAUUCAAAACAUUAGUGGAAAAUUUAUUUUCGUCAAGAAUUAAGCAAUUCCAAUCUGAUGGUGGUGGUGAAUUUGUUUCCAAUCAAUUCAAAUCUCUCUUAGAAUCAAAUGGUAUCACUCAUCGCAUAAGUUGUCCUUAUACAGCUCAACAAAAUGGGCUUGCUGAAAGGAAACAUCGCCAUGUUGUGGAGAUGGGUCUUGCUAUGCUAGCCCAAUCUGGUCUGUCUAAAACAUUUUGGGUAGAUUCCUUUCUUACUGCCAUAUUUUUGA